AUGUCUUUGGAUGAAGAAGCCUUGGAGACCGUCGCUAAUGGCGGCUCGAUUGAUCUUGACAAAUGGGCUACCAUGGUCGAACCACUACUAGAGCGGCUGGAAGAUAUCAUAUACAAUGUGUUUCCCAUGCCCAAGGCGCCCCCGAGAUCUCAGCCGUACACUCAAUUUCUAUCCCCACAAACCGACACCAAUAAUGUCCCCCCUGAGAGUCGCAACAAAGAGAAUACAGCUCCAGGCGACCCGCAGAGUCCUGCACAGCCGGCGGCGGCGACUACCCCACUUGCGUCCACCGAGCGCGUUCCAGAUUCGCAACCACAGUCAUCUUCGCAAGCCAGCGACGCCCUUCCACCCCAGCUUGCACAACUGCUAAGCUCUAUCCGCUCAUCGAUCCAAUCGUUCUUCACGAGCAAGCCACCGCACACAAUCCAGCGGUUUGCUGAGCUUAUCCUUCGCCCGACCGCUCACUACCGAACAUUACCCGCUUAUCUGCGUGCUGUGGACCGUGUCAUAUCUGUGACUAGCGAUGCGGCUAUUUUUCCAUUCACCACACCAGCAAAUACGAAGCCCCAGCCGAAUGGUUCUGUUCAGCCAAGCAACAGCGCCGGGACAUAUCUUACUCCCGACUACGCGCAUAGCUUGGGAAGUGACGAGUCCUUGGGUGGUGCGCUUCUCACCCCGAUUCCGUGGUUGACCAAUGCUUCCUUCGGGGCCGAGGGUAUGUCACAAAUGGAAGAUGAAGAUUCGGGAUCCGCGCAAGGUCACAAUAUGGAAACUGGAGAAUCACACGUCCCGGAUACUGCCAUGCCUCCGAUUGAGCCUGAAGACAGUGCUGUCACCGCUGGCUCCCCACCUGCAGAUUCAUCUGAAGAGGUUCCUCACGCUCGCGGACCCCCUGUUUUGGGCGUUCAGGAUCUAGGUCUGCAGGAUGGACAGGGAGUUGAGAUGACGCUUGGUGAACAAGAACCCCAGGGUGCGGGAGCCGAUGGUCCUGCUGACACUCAGCAAUCUACUUCUGACGCAAUUCCAGCCGAUAAGGACGGAGAUAUUGUUCUUGAUGAAACCCCAACCAAUCUCAGGAAGGAAGAGGAAGCCAAGAUGGAAGACGCAGCAGCUACAGAUUCUGCUAAAGCGUCGGAGACAUAG